AUGUCGUUUCAACUCGAGCAAUCCUCGGUCAUCAAAACCGCGCCACCUGGUGGCCGGCAACAACUCGAGAUGAAACAUGAGCCAAUUGAUCUCAAUCCAUUAUCCACGUCAUUUCAGGAUUUGACGAAAAUGCAACUAACAACCGACUACUAUCAAGCCAACGCGAUUCCUCGAUAUUCAGUCUAUCAGGGUUUCGGUCAAACCCUCGACGCUCUCCACAAUAAUUCCCUCCUCGCCCAACAGGGCUCUAUCGCCAAUUAUUAUUAUCCACAACAAAAUGUCAUUCAACAAGAUUGGUCAAGAAAUGAUUAUCAACAACAAUAUCAACGAGCGUCUACUUUACAAUAUGCAUCCGAACAACAAGUCCAAGAUCGGGCGUACAAGUUACCGGUCACUGAUAUGCCAUCUCCUGUUGAUUCGGGUAUUGGUGCCGAUUUGUCGAUGAUCGCCACAACAAAAGACGAGUUUUUCUCUACAAAUGACUCGCUUGCCCUCGAGAGACCGGAAAGAGCACUCUCACAUCGAGAUUCACCAAUCAUUAUCCCGAAACUCCACAAUACCCUCGGCUUCCAAUAUGUUCUCGAGGCUCCAAUCUCAACAUCGAUUCGAAAAGAUGAUGAUCGAAUGACAUAUGUGAAUAAGGGUCAAUUCUACACGGUCACUCUCGAUUAUUUGCCCGAUCCAUUGAAGCCGUUGAAGAGUCAAAUUGUGAGGAGUCAAUUGAUGGUCGUAUUCCGAGAAGACAAGACAUAUGAGGAGGAGAUCAAAACAUGGCAAUUCUGGCAUCAACGACAGCAUUCGGCAAAACAACGGAUACUUGAAGUUGACGGAAAGAACAGUUCGGGUAUGUCAAGUAUCGGAAUGAACGCGAGUCCAAUCACUGAGAUCGCUCACAAUGCGGUUGAAUUUCACUGGAGUCCAAACGAGUCGCCUGUUAAAAUUAGCAUCGCCGUUCAAUGUCUUUCAACCGAUUUCUCGAAUCAAAAAGGAGUAAAAGGACUUCCCCUUCAUGUUCAAAUCGAUACUUAUGAUCGAGAUGAUGAAAAGAUUCCAUUUCAUCGAGGAUAUUGUCAAAUCAAAGUUUUCUGUGAUAAGGGUGCUGAACGCAAAUUGCGUGACGAGGACAAACGGGCACAAAAACGAAAGAAUAAUAUGACAGGCCAAGUUCCAACAAAUGGAUUAUGGGCUGGAGCUGGGACGUCACCGGCUGGACAACAAGGUUCAAUGGUAAACCGAAAGAAAAGUGAUGGAGAAUAUCAUGAAUCGUGUGAUCGAAGUGAAUUCUAUCAUAUGAGAGAAUUGGAUAAACCGGCCGCUCUAUUCAUCGCACCUGAGGAAUAUGAUAGAUCAUUCUUGGACAGUACGAGUGUCGGUGGUUAUGAUCUUGAUUUGGAGCCAACUCAUCGAAGACCGAGACCCUCAGAAAGGCUAAUGCUGUAUGUGCGAAAGCAAAGCGAUCAAAUCUACACUCCGUUACACAUCAUUCCACCGAAUUUGAUCGGUUUAGCCGCAGGAGUUGCCGCAAAAUUUGGAAUCGAUGCUGAAAAGAUAUCAGCGAUUUACAAGCGAUGUGCGAAAGGGAUUACAGUGAGGAUGGACGAUGAUAUGUUGAGACAUUAUAAUAAUGAAGAGACGUUUGUUAUUGAUGUCGAACAGGCACAGGAAGAUCCCUCUCUAUUCUCAAUUUUCCUCAUCGAGAUCGCUUCAACAGCCGGUCAACCCUCAUACUCACAACCACAAUCA